AUGGCCAGACCCUGCGGCGCCGCGCUCCAGCGGCACGCGGCAGUGGCCGUCCUUCGCGCGGCGGCCGCCGCUGGCGACCUGUCCAAGGGAAAGGCGCUCCACGCCCGGCUCAUCACAGCCGGUCAUUUCGACGUCGUCCUGCACAACAACCUCAUCUCUUUCUACGCCAAGUGCGGCCGUCUCGGGCUCGCCCGCAAGGUGUUCGACGCAAUGCCCUUCCGGAACGCCGUCUCCGGAAACCUCCUCAUGUCCGGAUACGCUUCCUCGGGGCGCCAUAAGGACUCGCUCGCGCUGCUCAGGGUGGUCGACUUUGGCCUGAACGAGUACGUUCUGUCAGCGGCGGUGUCCGCAACCGCCAAUGUCAGGAGCUAUGACAUGGGGAGGCAGUGCCAUGGGUAUGCUGUUAAGGCUGGGCUGGCUGAGCAACGCUAUGUUUUCAACGCAGUGCUAUAUAUGUACUGUCAGUGUGCUCACAUGGAGGAUGCAGCAAAGGUAUUUGAGAAUGUGUCUGGUUUUGAUGCAUUCGCAUUCAACUCAAUGAUAAAUGGGUUUCUUGAUCGGGGGCAACUGGAUGGUUCAUUUGGGAUUGUGAGAAGUAUGACUGGGGAGGUUGAGAAAUGGGAUUAUGUGUCUUAUGUCGCAGUUCUUGGGCAUUGUGCUAGCAUGAAGGACUUUGUGCUUGGGAUUCAGGUGCAUGCCCAGGCUUUGAAGAAGAGGCUAGAACUAAAUGUGUAUGUGGGGAGUGCACUUGUUGAUAUGUACGGGAAAUGUGACCAUGCUCAUGAUGCUAAUCGUGCAUUCGAGGUUCUGCCAGAAAAGAAUGUUGUUUCUUGGACAGCUGUUAUGACUGCUUACAACCAAAAUGAGCUGUAUGAAGAUGCAUUGCAAUUGUUCUUGGACAUGGAAAUGGAAGGAGUUCAACCCAAUGAGUUCACUUAUGCUGUGGCUCUCAACAGCUGUGCUGGCCUUGCAGCCUUGAGAACUGGUAACACCCUUGGUGCCUGUGUUAUGAAAUCUGGGCAUUGGGACCAUCUGCUAGUCGGUAAUGGCCUCAUGAACAUGUACUCAAAGAGUGGCAGCAUUGAGGAUGCGCACAGAGUCUUCAUUUCCAUGCCACUUCGUGAUGUAGUCUCUUGGAAUUUGAUGAUCACAGGCUAUGCGCAUCAUGGCCUUGCAAAGGAAGCAAUGGAAGCAUUUCACAGUAUGCUAUCAGCAGCAGUGGUCCCGUCUUAUGUCACCUUUGUUGGAGUAUUGUCAGCUUGUGCUCAGUUGGGUCUUGUUGAUGAAGCAUUCUACUACUUGAAUACUAUGAUGAAGGAAGUUGGAAUUACACCUGGGAAGGAACAUUAUACUUGUAUGGUUGGUUUGUUAUGCAGAGUUGGACGGUUAGAUGAGGCUGAGAGGUUCAUAGUGAAUAACUGCAUUGGCACAGAUGUUGUUGCAUGGCGAUCACUGCUAAGUUCUUGUCAGGUAUAUAAAAAUUAUGGUCUUGGUCAUCGAGUAGCUGAACAGAUUCUUCAGUUGGAGCCCAAUGAUAUUGGAACCUAUGUUUUACUCUCUAACAUGUGUGCAAAAGCCAACCGAUGGGAUGGCGUUGUGAAGGUUCGUAAGCAUAUGAGGGAGAGGGGCGUUAGGAAGCCACCUGGUGUUAGUUGGAUUCAUGUGGGAAGUGAUGUUCAUGUUUUCACAUCGGAGGAGAAGGUACAUCCACAGAUGGACCAAAUCACUGAAAAACUUGAAGAGCUGAUCGACCAGAUAAAAGCUAUCGGAUAUGUUCCAAACUUUGCAGUGGUCCUACAUGAUAUUGAGGAUGAACAAAAAGAGGAGCACCUUAUGUAUCAUAGUGAGAAAUUGGCUCUAGCCUUUGGCCUUCUUCACACACCUAAGGGUGCAACAAUCCAUAUCAUGAAAAACCUCAGGAUAUGUGAUGAUUGCCAUGUUGCUAUCAAACUCAUAUCAGUUGUCACUAGCAGGAAAAUAGUUGUGAGGGAUGCUGUUCGAUUUCAUUGUAUAGAAGGUGGGGUUUGCUCAUGCAAUGAUUAUUGGUAA